AUGGAUCGAUGGUUAAAAACGGGUCGUUUAGAAACGAGACAUGAUAAUCGAGAUGAUAGUACUGAAAGCUGUAGUGAGGUACCGUUUCACCAGACGAAAAACAAAGGAAAUGAUGAUAGAAAAGGGAAAAAGCGAAAAUAUGACAGCGACUAUCUACAAUUGGGUUUUCAUUUUACUGGGGAUGAGUCGGAACCUAAACCGCUUUGUGUUAUAUGUAACGAAGUUCUUGCCAACAGCAGUUUAAAACCAUCACUUCUUCGUAGACAUAUUGAAACAAAACAUCCGACACACAAAGAUAAACCUCUUGAAUAUUUCAAAAGAAAAUUAAGCAGAUAUCAAAAAGUGUAG